AUUUAAAAAGACAUGGAAAAACUUAUUAUUUUAAAUGAAGUAUUUAACUUUAUUUUCGAUGACAGUGACGAGGGCGAUAGCGAAGAUGAUAUUGAAGUAAUCGAAAGACCGUGUAAAACAAAAAAAGGCGAAGAAGUAAUACCGAGACAAACUAAAAAAAUCUUUAAACAACACCUUCGCGGACAGAAUGACGAUAGUGAUCCUGAUGUGGGUCUAAACCGUGGGGAAAGAAAUCAAACCUUUGCGGAAGAUGUAGUGCCUAUAUUACCCGCAAAAAACUUCCGUCAACAUUUUCGCUUAGACCCUGAUGUUUUUGAACUGAUUUGCAAAGAUAUUUAUCCAUUCUUGCAUAAAAAAUAUGGCAAAGGAAGAAAUCCUUUGAAACUCGACAAACAGCUCAUGAUAACACUGUCUUAUUUAGGAAGUAAAGAAGGUUUGAGGACGAUAGCAGAUAGGUUUGACGUAAGCAUUUCAACGGCGUGGAGAAUUGUUUCCAACGUUUGCGACGCAUUUCUAAAAAUGAAUGGGGAGAAGAAAAUAAUUAAAUGGCCAACUCGAGAAGAAGCUGAAAAAACUGCGAAGCAUUAUUACGCCACCUAUAAUUUGAAAGGUGUGAUAGGGUGUAUAGACAGUUGUCAUUUCACGAUCAGAGCACCAAUCCAUUCACACAAUUCAUAUAUCAAUAAAAAGGGUACACAUUCUGUUAUCCUGCAAGCAGUAUCGAACGAAAAAAUGGAAUUUGUAUUUUUCUAUGCCGGUGAAUGUGGUUCACUUGAUGAUGCUUCCCUUCUGUUAAAAUCUGGGCUAGAGGCUAAAAUCAAUUCAGGUAAUUUUAAAAUUAGUGAAGAUCAGCAUUUACUAGGCGAUUCCUCUUAUCCACCGAAGCCUUGGUUAAUCACUCCAUAUCGGGAUAGUAACGGCUUUAGAGACGAGCAAAUAUUUUUCAACACAAUUCAUUCGGAGUGUCUUGACGACAUAAAACGUUCAUUCGGGGUGCUGAAAGGCAGAUUUCGUCGCUUGCACUACAUUGAUUGCCUAAGAACUGCUGCAACAACAAAAUUCAUUGCUGCCUGUAGCAUAUUGCAUAACAUAUGCCUGCGCAAUGAAGACUUUCCCGAUGAAUACGUUGCAAUAGAUAUUGAGGAAAAUGAAAAAGAAUGCUACAAAGAACACGACAACUUUGCAUCAUCUUCAAGUUCAAAACGAGACAUGCUGAUGAAUAUAUUACAUGAAUAGAGAUCGAUGAAGUUAA